AUGACAACCCUAAUCCCCCGUGAGCCUUACUCCCCAGAGGAGCUGGAUAGGCUCUAUCCUAAAGGUCUGAAGUUGCAAUUGGUCCAGGUUUCAGUUCCUUCGUCAUGGUAUGCAACAGCUCCGCCCUGCGAACGUACACCCGUUUCCUCGCGAUUUCAAAAUACAGGCCUAGCUCCAUACUGGCCAUACUGUGGAGUUGCGAGACGUAUGGUCCAGAUGGCCUCCAGCAGUGAAGAUCUCUCUUCCUGGAAUGGUUUUCAGUUUCGCCGGAAAAUGGAGUCCUUUGGGAACAGAGACCAGUCCGUUGUUGCAGUAGGCGCGGGCAAUGAGAUCGAGGGAAUCUGCCAGCACGGAGAACUCACCGAUAAGGGUCGCGAAACUACCUACGCGCUAGGCCAGCGAUUGCGCCAUCUCUACGUUGACCAGCUCGGAUUUAUGCCUGCGAUCAAGUCCGAUAGCGAAGACAUGUACCUGCGAGCGACGCCGAUCCCCCGUGCUCUCGAGUCGCUGCAGCAGGCCUUCUGGGGCAUGUACCCUACCAGUGCUCGCACCCUCGACUUCCCGCCGCCUGUCAUUGUCGCCCGGUCCGUGUCAGAGGAAACCCUUUUCCCCAAUGAAGGCAACUGUCGGCGAUUCCGCCAGCUGGCUCGGCUCUUCGCCGACCGUGCAGCCUCACGAUGGAACGAUUCGGAGCAGAUGGAAUAUCUGAACAAACUUUGGUCUAAAUACAUGCCGGAGACUUCACCCAAGGUGGCGGUGGAUGCGCACCCUCGUCUGUCUGGUAUUAUGGAUACCAUCAACGCGACUGAUGCUCACGGACCGGCAACUAAGCUUCCUUCUGAGUUCUACGACAAGAAGGGCCGUGCGGUGAUCGAUCGCAUCGCGGUCGAGGAAUGGUUCGCCGGCUACAACGAGAGCACUGAGUACCGCAAGCUGGGCAUCGGUGCCCUCAUGGGUGACGUGGUAGACCGCAUGGUUAGCACUGCCGUUGAUGGCGGUUGGCGCAGCGAGACCUCUGCCUCUGGGUCGGGUAAGCCCGAAAAUGGCAAGUCAAUCAAGUUUGCCAUGAGCGGGUGCCACGACACCACCCUGGCCGCAAUCUUGUCCAGUGUGGGUGGGUUCCAAAAUGGAUCUUGGCCCCCUUUCACCUCGUCCAUUGCAGUUGAACUAUUUUCGCAAGCUCCCGAUAGCCGAGCCUAUGCCGGAUCCAUGCUCGAGGAGUUCUCCAACCCCCGUGUUGCUGCUAAGAAGCCCGGUCUCUUCUCGUCUCUUAUCGGAAAGAAGCCUACAGCCCAGCAGCAGUUGGCCCCCUCUGAAACCGCCCGCGCACCCAUUGAGUCGUUCCCCGAAGAGACUCGCGAGUCCCUGCGCAAACACUAUGUCCGCCUCCGCUUCAAUGACCAACCUGUUUACAUCCCCGGCUGUGCUUCCAAGCCCGAAAACCACCUGCCUGGAGACGAGAGUUUCUGCACCUUGGACGCCUUCAAGGAAAUUGUUGACAAGUUUACACCUAAGAAUUGGCAAGAUGAGUGCAUGCAGAACCUAGGACAGGGUCUGCACGGUCCUAAUGACCAGGAACGUAGCACCGCUGGCUUUUAG